UGGGCGGCGGCGAGGAUGCUGACGGGGAGGCUGUGCUGGGUGCCGCUCCUGCUGGCGCUGGGCGUGGGGAGCGACGGCGGCAGCGGUGGCGGCGGCAGCCGGCGGCGCCGCCUCCUCGCGGCUAAAGUCAACAAGCACAAGCCAUGGAUCGAGACAUCGUAUCAUGGAGUCAUUACUGAGAACAAUGACACAGUCAUUUUGGACCCACCGCUGGUAGCCCUGGACAAAGACGCCCCGGUUCCUUUCGCAGGGGAGAUUUGUGCGUUCAAGAUCCACGGCCAGGAGCUGCCCUUUGAGGCCGUGGUGCUCAACAAGACAUCGGGAGAGGGCCGGCUCCGUGCCAAGAGCCCCAUCGACUGUGAGCUGCAGAAGGAGUACACAUUCAUCAUCCAGGCCUACGACUGUGGCGCGGGGCCCCGGGAGACAGCCUGGAAGAAGUCACACAAGGCCGUGGUCCAUAUCCAGGUGAAGGACGUCAAUGAGUUUGCUCCCGCCUUCAAAGAGCCCGCCUACAAGGCUGUGGUGACCGAGGGCAAGAUCUACGACAGCAUCCUACAGGUGGAGGCCGUCGAUGAGGACUGCUCCCCCCAGUACAGCCAGAUCUGCAACUAUGAAAUUGUCACCACCGAUGUCCCUUUUGCCAUUGACAGAAAUGGCAACAUCAGGAACACCGAGAAGCUGAGCUAUGACAAGCAGCACCAGUACGAGAUCCUGGUGACCGCCUACGACUGUGGCCAGAAGCCUGCCGCUCAGGACACCCUGGUGCAGGUGGACGUGAAGCCAGUGUGCAAGCCUGGCUGGCAAGACUGGACCAAGAGGAUCGAGUACCAGCCUGGCUCGGGGAGCGUGCCCCUGUUCCCCAGCAUCCACCUGGAGACGUGCGAUGGGGCCGUGUCCUCCAUCCAGAUCACCACGGAGCUGCAGACCAAUUACAUUGGGAAGGGAUGUGACCGGGAGACCUACUCGGAGAAAUCCCUUCAGAAACUAUGUGGAGCCUCCUCUGGCAUCAUCGACCUCCUGCCGUCCCCCAGCGCUGCCUCGAACUGGACUGCGGGACUGCUGGUGGACAGCAGCGAGAUGAUCUUCAAGUUUGACGGCAGGCAGGGUGCCAAGGUCCCUGACGGGAUUGUGCCCAAGAACUUGACGGACCAGUUCACCAUCACCAUGUGGAUGAAACACGGCCCCAGCCCUGGCGUGAGAGCCGAGAAGGAAACCAUCCUCUGCAACUCAGACAAGACUGAAAUGAACCGGCACCACUACGCCCUGUACGUGCACAACUGCCGCCUGGUCUUCCUCCUGCGGAAGGACUUCGACCAGGCCGACACCUUCCGCCCGGCCGAGUUCCACUGGAAGCUGGACCAGAUUUGUGACAAAGAGUGGCAUUACUAUGUCAUCAAUGUGGAGUUUCCUGUGGUUACCUUAUACAUGGAUGGAGCAACGUAUGAACCAUACCUGGUGACCAACGAUUGGCCCAUUCAUCCAUCUCACAUAGCCAUGCAACUAACGGUCGGCGCAUGUUGGCAAGGAGGAGAAGUCACCAAACCGCGGUUUGCCCAGUUCUUCCACGGCAGCCUGGCUAGUCUCACCAUCCGCCCUGGAAAGAUGGAGAGUCAGAAGGUGAUUUCCUGCCUGCAGGCCUGCAAGGAAGGGCUGGAUAUCAAUUCCCUGGAGAGCCUCGGCCAAGGAAUAAAGUAUCACUUCAACCCCUCGCAGUCCGUCCUGGUGAUGGAAGGUGACGACAUCGGGAACAUCAACCGCGCCCUGCAGAAGGUCUCCUACAUCAACUCCAGGCAGUUCCCCACCGCGGGUGUGCGGCGCCUCAAAGUCUCAUCCAAAGUCCAGUGCUUUGGAGAGGACGUGUGCAUCAGCAUCCCCGACAUGGACGCCUACGUGAUGGUGCUGCAGGCCAUGGAGCCCCAGAUCACCCUCCACGGCACGGACCGCCUCUGGAGACCCGCCGCCCAAUUCCAAAGUGCCCGAGGCGUGACCCUCUUCCCUGACAUCAAGAUCGUGAGCACCUUCGCCAAAGCCGAGGCCCCAGGUGACUUGAAGCCCACAGCCCCCAAAUCAGCAGUCUUAGAAGAAAUGCUUCACAACUUAGAUUUCUGUGACAUUUUGGUGCUGGGAGGGGACUUGGACCCAAGACAGGAGUGCCUGGAGCUUAACCACAGUGAGCUCCACCAGCGCCACCUCGACGCCACCAACUCCACUGCAGGCUACUCCAUCUACGGUGUGGGCUCCAUGAGCCGCUAUGAGCAGGUGCUACGUCACAUCCGCUACCGCAACUGGCGUCCGGCUUCGCUCGAGUCCCGGCGGUUCAGGAUCAAAUGCUCAGAACUCAACGGGCGCUAUACCAGCAACGAGUUCAACUUGGAGGUCAGCCUCCUCCAUGAGGUCAGAGUCUCAGACAAUGAGCACGUCAACCACCUCAUCGUGCAGCCUCCCUUCCUCCAGUCCGUCCACCACCCCGAGGCCCAGACUAGCGUCCAGCGCAGUUCAGUGGUCCCGAGCAUUGCCACGGUGGUCGUCAUCAUCUCCGUGUGCAUGCUAGUGUUCGUGGUGGCCAUGGGCGUGCACCGGGUCCGGGUCGCCCACCAGCACUUCACCCAGGAGACCGAGGCUGCCAAGGAGGUCGAGAUGGACUGGGACGACUCUGCGCUCACUAUCACAGUCAACCCCAUGGAGAAACACGAAGCACCAGGACACAGGGAAGAUGAGACGGAGGAGGAAGUGGAAGAAGACAUCAGCUCCAGCAGCAGCGACUCAGAUGCCAGCGACGAGGAGGAGGUGGAGGGAGGGGUGGGCAGGGGCAGACAAGGGCAGAGCGGAGCCAGGCAAGCCCAGCUGGAGUGGGAUGACUCCACCCUCCCCUACUAGCGCCCCUCCUUCUGUGCCCGCCCACUGUCCCUUUUGUAA